AUGUCUUCCAAAUCAUUUGUUUACGUACCACCUUCAGAACCAGUCAACAACAAGAAUGUCAAGAUAUCGCAGCUUUGCGAGCUUUGUCAUGCCAGAAAGGCCAUCCUAAAGAGGCCCAAAAAUAUGCAGAAGGUUUGCAAACUAUGUUUUUUCCAUGUAUUCGAAACAGAGAUUCAUAACACCAUCAUAGACAACAAUCUGUUUUAUCGUGGUGAAAGGGUAGCCGUUGGAGCCUCCGGUGGUAAGGAUUCCACCGUAUUGGCUCACAUGCUAAAGCUAUUGAAUGAGCGCCAUGAUUAUGGGAUCGAUAUUGUCCUGCUGAGCGUGGAUGAAGGUAUUAUUGGGUAUCGUGAUGACUCGUUGGCCACUGUGAAGAGAAAUCAGAAACAAUAUGGAUUACCCUUGGAGAUUGUGUCUUUUAAGGAAUUAUAUAAUUGGACGAUGGAUGAAAUUGUUGCAUGUGCCGGUAUUAGAAAUAGUUGUACUUAUUGUGGUGUGUUUAGAAGACAAGCUUUAGACCGUGGUGCUGAGAAAUUAGGAAUCAAUCAUGUCAUCACGGGACAUAAUGCUGAUGAUAUGGCAGAGACUGUGUUGAUGAAUAUUUUACGUGGGGAUGUAGCUAGAUUGGAGAAAUCCACUGCUAUUAUUACGAAAAGUAAAGGAUCACCCAUUAAGAGAUCAAAACCAUUCAAAUAUUCAUACCAAAAGGAAAUUGUUCUUUAUGCACAUUAUAAGAAAUUAGACUAUUUUUCUACUGAAUGUACCUAUGCACCAGAGGCAUUCAGAGGUACCGCUAGAGAGUUCAUGAAGAAUUUAGAAUCUGUGAGACCAAGUUGUAUUAUUGAUAUAAUUCACAGUGGUGAAAAUCUAGUAUUGAAGAAGAAAGAUGCAUCUCAGACAAAACACGGUGCUACAGGGUUUGUCGACGGGAAUAGAUGUGAGAAAUGUGGGUAUCUUUCCAGUAAUAAGAAAUGUAAGGCAUGUAUUCUAUUGGAGGGGCUCGAGGCCAACAGAGCUACCAUCUCUAUUGAGAAUGACAGUUCUGUGGAUGGUGCUGCUAGAGUUAUGAGGCAAUUGGAACAUAUGUCCUUCUGA